AUUUUUAAUUUAAUACGUGUCAUUGUGCGUUGUGAAAUGGACAAUGUGUGACAUUAACUGCAUAUGGUUGUUUAAUCUACUUGUGGCAGUUGUUUUAAUAUUACUACAACAACAGCAACAUGUUGUUGGUAGUACACAAGAACAACAAUACCAACAACAACGGCAACAGCAAUUACAGCAUCACAAAUAUAUCUCGCCAUAUGAUGGAAUAUCAUCAUAUGCUGCUGCAGCUGCAGCAAACUAUCUGCGUCGCUCCACCCUGCCACACAAUGUGGUGAAACGUGAGAUAAAGAAUGACAAAAGUACGGAUUUUAUUUCAUUUUUAAAUGAUUUCAAUAUGCAAGAUGAGACCUCAAUACCUGAGGACAUUAUUGACCAACAACAUCUACAAGAAAUAAUAGAUAAACAGCAACAAGGUAUACAACUACAGCAACAACAACAACUACUACUGCAACAAAAGUAUGUUGGUGACAGUGCAGCAUUGGCAGCAGGCGCAAAUGUUCUGAAUGGUGAUGGUGAUAUUAUUGAUGUUAACUUGCCUUAUGAUGAUUCUACAGAUACUGAUUCAGAUGCUGAUAUUAUACUUGAGUCACAAAGGUCCAGUGAACGAAGUGAUGACAACAAAACUAGCAACAAAAACAAUAACAGCAAAAACACCAAAACCAACAACAACAACAGCAGCAGCAAUGAUGACAGUGAAGAAGUUGAGAUGGUGGCUGAAGAAAAAAAUAGGAAAAACUUAAAGAAAACUAAUAAUAAAAAGGAAAUGUUUAGAGAAAGGAAAACAUUCAAGAACAACAAUGACAAUAAAAACAAGGAAACAAAGAAGCAGCAGCAAAUUAAAUAUGAAAACAAUAUUGACUAUUCAAAUCAAUACAACAUAUAUGGAGAUGUAGAGGAAAAGAGCUUCAGAGACAGCAUUGAUGAAGAUGAUGACAAUGAAGACGAUGAGGACAAGUUUGAACUGGAUGAAGGCGAUGAUGAUGAUGGCAGUGCUGAAUAUGAAAAAUUUAAAAGUAUGCAUGAACAAAAACAAAGAGAGCAACAGCAGCAAAAACAAAAACAAAAAGACCAAAUGUCCACACUAAAGACAAUAAUAAAUGAAGAGACAUUUACUAGACCAGAAUCGUAUGGAAAGAUGGUCAAUAGUCGUGAUAAUGACAAAAUUAAGCACAUGGACGAUUAUACUGAUGACAAUAAUAAAAAUAUAAAUAUUAACGAUUAUGAAAUAUUCCAUAAACAUUUACUAGAGCAAAAGCAGCAACUAUUACAACAGCAGAAACAGAAGCAGCAGCAACAACAACUAAACCAACAAGCACCAUCCCAACAAGAUGCCAUUGGUGAUAUUGAAGAAAAUGAAAAUCCAAAUAUUUUCAAAACAACAGGCAUCACUAACAGCAACAGCAACAACGGCAAUAAUAAGAAUAACGACAAUGAUGAAAAUAAAAAUAAUUUUGCAAAUAUUUUCAUACCACGUAAAAUGAAAAGACACAAUGGUGCUGCACGUUUAGACGAUGCCACCAAUAGAUACACCAAACUUAAGCAAGAACAGCUACUACAGCAGCAACAGCAACAACUAAAAUCCCAAAUUAACACUGAAGGAAAUCAUCCGGAUGCCGUGGCAAAAGUAUCAUCGCAAGAAGAAAAUUUCAAGAAAAAAUAUUAUGACAUUUUAAAAGAAAAUUCAACAUCAACCUCAGCUUCAGAAAAUCAUCUCCAGCAGCAACAGCAGCAGCAUCAUCAUCGCCCAUCUGGAGAAUCGAACCCCAAGGAUUUUAGUUUUUACGAUGAGAAUAAUGAAAGAGAAUCAACACAUGAGGUUAAAAAGCAAACAGCAUUUGAAAAGGAAAAAUCUCUGAGACGCAACAAUAAACGUUACGGUCAUAAAACCCAUAAAAAGAAAUACAAAGAUUAUCUACGCUAUUCACAGAUAAUGAUGAUGACAACCACUAGUACUCCCCCACCCAUGACCAUCCCACAGCAAACUCCUACAAAGAAUGCUAUAAUUCUGGCUAAAGACAAUCAGGAGCGCAUUGGCAUAAGUGAAGAUGAUGAGGUGGCCGAUUUAAAUUUUUUGAAGGAUAAACAUUUGAAGAAAUUUAAGUUGGAAAAAAUGAAAACAUUAAUACCACAAGCACCCAUAUUCGUUUUGAAACCCAAAGAGGAAAAGGAAAAUAAGGAAAUCAUAAAGGAGCUGGAGAAAGUCGAGGAGCCUACCGCCAAACCAUUUUAUGAGGGUCAAAUUAACUAUUUUCUUGAAACCCCCGACGAUGAUAGUGAAAGAGCCAAUGAAGUUAGAUUUAUAACCAAAGGUGAGAGAGUGGAUACAAAUGAUUGGUAUAGAAAACUGAGUCCGGUGAUGAGAACUGUGAAUAGGAAGUUUGGUUCCUCACCAGACGAUCGUAUUGGCAUAGGAGUGGGACGCUCUAGGGGAGGCUACACACCAUAUCAUCAUAUGAGGCCGCAACAUCACGGCCAAACACAUCAUGGUCAAACACGUAAUCAUCAUUAUCAUCAGCAACAUCAUCAUCAAGACCAGAAGCAACAUGGUUUACAUCCUCAUAAUCACCAAUCAACCAAACACUCGCGUCAUCAUGCCUACCAACGUAAAAUGAUACCCAAACGUCUAACCACCACCACUACACCCCUGCCACCACCUUCCAGGAAGCAAAUGGUGAGUGGCAAUGGUAUAGGAGAAAUGGGCCACCAGAUCACCGACAUCAAGGACCUUGAGCGCUAUUAUGCCAAGUGGCCACAUUUAGCCAAGGUCCAAUCCCAGUUGCAUGAAGAACAAAUGCGUGAACAACAAUCGGAAAAUUACCCAGACUAUGAAUACGAUAAUGAGGAUUAUUUCGAAGAGAAUGACAAUAAGGAUGAUAAUCUACCACCCUAUAUAAGAAAAUUCAAUAGACGCAACAAGCAAUUGCUAGACUUGUUAGAGGGUACCAUAGCACCGCCCACCAAAUCACCUCAGCAAUUAAGGUGGUCUGGUUCCAAGCUACAGCCGGGACCCAGAGACUCUAGUGUAGGCAGCAUGUCGGUGCGCAUAGACGAUGAUUAUCUAAAGGAAAAACGCAAACGCUAUCAUCAGCGUCAACGUCAAAUACACGAUUUAUUUGCCCAACAAAGAACUUCCACAACUACAACACCAGCACCACCCUAUCCAUAUGUCAAUGCCAAUGGCGAUGGAGAUGAAAUGACGGCUAGACAGUACACACACACUGAGAAUCAUUUACCCGAUGAAGAUGUUAGUAUUUCAUUGGAAUCCAAUGAACAAGAGAAUGAAUUUAACGGCAAUGGCGCAAAACAAGAGGGAGGCGUUGGCGGUGGCAUUGACGCUGGUGUUGAUGAUGUUGCUAAUGAUGAUUCCAAGUCAGAACAAGAAAUUUGGCAAAAGGAAAUUGAAACUAAAUCAGCAAAUAUGGCAGCAGGAAAUUUAUGGCAAAUGGAAAAAUUAAUAACAUCAACACCAUCAGCCACUGGAGUUGGAGCAGCAACAACAAAAAAAUCAGCAAUACAUAAAUUACCCUCAUAUCCAUCUAUAGUAGGUGGCUAUAUGAACCGGCCCAGAUCACGCAGUGCACAAUUUGCACCCAGUUCUGGCUCCGAAUACCGAAGGGUACCCUUGCCAUAUCUAAAUAAUUUAAACAACCAUGACAAUAUCAACAAUAACAAUAAUAACUUUAUUAAUGCUGGCGGCUUUGUGGCCUAUAAUAAAGCUCCAGUUGUAAGUAAAACAAUAAACGGCCGAUUUUCAGCCAAUACACCAAUUGAUUACAAUAAACAACUACUACAACAGCAAUCAGUAUCAAAUACAACCACAACCUCACCGGAUGCAGCUAAAACUCAAAGCAGCAGCAGCAGCAUUAGCAGCAACAAUCAUUUAACUCCUCCCUCCCCCUCCUCAUCCGCUGCGUCUUCAUCUUCGGUUACAAACUCUUUCAUUUAUCAUCGUGUAGUCGACGCCUCGCCCCGUUUAGUGGGUGCUGGCUUUAUAGCCGGCCGCAAACAGCGUUUACCAUUUGUAGCCAUCACCGACAGACGUUUGGAAACUUCAAAGAAAUCCUUAACGGAUCAUCAAAAAGACUUUGAACAAAAUCACUAUCCGUUGCCUUAAACUUGACAAAACAAAAACCAACUUAUUUAAAAGUAAACAAAGCCCCUCCCCCUAAAACAAUAAAAAUCAAUUAAAUGAAAACCAAAUACAAUAAUUUUAUUUUUUGCCGCUUAAUUUUUCUAUUUGUAAAAUUUAACAAAACCAAAA